UUUCCAUAUGCGCAUGCGUAUUCAUCUGUGGAGUGCUAAUGUCAAUGCACUAAGGCGCGACGUGUAACUCAAACUUUCCGCCCCGCCUUUUUUAUGCAUAUAUCAGCGGAUGUCCUGUGCCACCCUCGUAUCUACUGAGAAUGAGAUAAUUUAGGUCUUUUUAGUUCGUAGCAACCUUCGAGGAAUACCGCUAUACCAAUAAUUGAGUUAUAGCUGUUACCCUACAAUACCAUAGAAAAAAGAUAAAAUUCCUCCAACAAUGCAGAUCCGUUGGUACAAAAAACGCAUAACUGCUGUUUCUAUUGCAGCAAUUGUGCUUUAUUUUAUCUUUCGUUCUCAAGAGCACAGUGCCAUUUUUAAAAUUAUCAUACGAGAUACUAAACCAGCUGAUGUCUGGGAGUAUGUUGCUGAUUUUAGUAACAUGAAGAAGCUCAAUCCUACAAUUGUAGACUUCAGCAUUUUGACAGAGAGUGGUAACUAUGAUCACUGGAAAUAUUCUGCUGAAUAUAAAGAAUUUCUGCCACAUGCACCAUUUAUCCACCACUCCACUCAUGCUGACUUUGAAGUACGACAAGAUGGAGAGUCUUACAUAAUCAACUCAAAUCAUAGCACAUGCUUUUUUAAGGGUGUGGCUUGCUUUCCUGCAACAUCUGAAUUCAUGUUUUCCAAAUUAGGGCCAAAUACUCUCUGUGUUGAGCGGGUGACUUAUAAGUGCCCAUUUUUGUUUGCAAGAAUGUGUCAAAAAGAUGUGGAUUACCAGAGAAGUUCAGUAAUGCGAAAUUUGGAGAAACAAUUCACAGUUAAGAAAAAAGUUAAGAAAAGCUAGAGGAAACAGAUGUCUUAACAAUUAUACUGGAAACCGUAUGGUUAUGUAGCUGAACAACACUGAGUAGUUUGUGCUGCCCUACUUAUCUCUAUAAUUUUUUAUGUCAGCUAUGAUGUAUGACUGAGAAAGUCAGUUGAACAGAAGACAAAGGCGCUUUGAAAAACAUAAUUUUAAUAACAAAAAUUAUCAUAGAAUUAUUGUGUUAGAGACUUUUCAGUAUUUCAUGUUAGUAAGUGUCACUAAUAAUUUUAUAUAAAUUUUUGUACUUGUGCUUAAAUUUGUAUUUAUAUUAUGCAUUUUUAGUAUUAAUGUUUACAGCAUAAUUAAAUGGUUUAUUGUA